AUGUCUUCCUCAAGCAUCAACAGAGUACGCCUGCUCACCCUGUUCGAUGUCGAUUCCCGCAAGGAAUGGUUCAACUUCCUCCUCACUCCUUCAAUGACCUGGAACGACAUGGUGGUAUCGAUACAAGCAGCGCUCAAGCGCCACGAUCAAGAGCUUUGGCUGCAUGAUAGGAAUGGCGAGCCCUUGCUCGAUACCGACUCUGUUUUCAACUUCGCCAGCAUCGCGGACCGUGAGAAGUUGCUCGUUACGAUUCGGGAAAACACACGUAUCACGAGCUUCGUAGACUUGGAGGUCGUGUUGUAUCUGGAAGAGGAGGAUUAUAGCGCGCUUCAGAAAACUCUCCAGAAAACCGACAUAGAAGAGAAGCGUAUUCACAUGGAGAAGCUUCGUCGCCGCGACGGUAUCGCUUGGAAGAACAUUUGUCGCAUUGUUCUUCCUUACUCUGAAGUCAAGAAGCUCCUUGCCAAGAUGAACAGCGUUUCUCAGCACAAGUUCAAGGACGCAUACUCCGUAGCCAACUCCAUGCAAAUGAUCCGAAACAACUGGCGCGUCCGCACCACAGACCAGACCAAGCACCUCCUCAAGGACCCGAGGUGCGUCGCCAUGAUCGGUAUCUUCAGCAGAGCCCUCCCUGGUCAACACCUCUUGGGCGAAGACUUCAUCGUCGCCGCCGUUAAAGCGCGUAUCGCCGCGGGUGGAUCGUUCGAACCCAAGCGUCUCAUAGAGCAAGACAUCUUGGACGCUAUCCAAAACCUUUACAAGGCCGCGGACGCGAUUGAUUCGACUUGGAACGACAACAAGGCCACCAAAGCCAUCAACAAGCGCGCCGACCGGAUGGAGGCUUAUGGCUCGCACAAGACGGGUGAAGCGGCGACUGCACUUGCCAACACUGAGGCCGAAGAUAUGGGUGAAGAGGCUGCUGAGGCGGCUUACAUUGGCAAGGGAAAGGUGAAAGCGGUCGACAAGCUCGCUGGCCGUCUGGAGAAGACCAAGUUGCCGGACAACGUCAUGGACGACGAUGAAGGAUACGAGGAUGCCGACGACGACAGCGAUUCAGAUUACGUGGAUUAG